AUGAAGAUCGACUCUUUAUGGUGUUAUGAAAUUCGACCCCCUACUGGAUUCUGUUUGCUCUUCUCCAAGGAGGCUUUCUGGAAACUUCCCGAGCGGGGACUUGAACGUGCGCAGGUGCGGAGGAGACACGGGCCGUUCCUGCGUCCGCGAGGGAGGGGUCAAGAGGGGGAGGAGGGGGUGGGGGGCACCAUGGAAGGUUCGCUGGGUCUGGAGGAGGAGCUGGUGGCGGCCGCGGCCCAGGCCGAGGAGCGGGACGUGCGGCCGGGCCCCUGCUCCGUGAGUCUGGACGACAGCCUGACCAGCUUGCAGUGGCUUCAGGACUUCUCCAUCCUGGGGGGCAGCGUCCCCCACAACCUGCUGGGCCCGCGGCGGCCCGGCUCGGACGCGCCGGCCUCUCCGCUGGCCGCCGACCCCGCCUCCAUGGGGGCGCCGCUGACGCCCGGGAAGCCAACUGCGGCGGCCUACACCCGCAUGCAGCCGCUGCCCGCCAUCGUGGCCCGCGGGCACUGUCCGGACGAAGUGGACUACAAGACGGACGCGCGCGUCAAGCCGCCGUACUCGUACGCGCACCUCAUCUGCAUGGCCAUGCACGCCAGUCCCGCCAGCAAGAUGACUUUGGCGGGGAUCUACAAGUGGAUCACGGACAACUUCUGCUACUUCCGCCACGCCGAGCCCACCUGGCAGAAUUCCAUCCGACACAACCUGUCGCUCAACAAGUGCUUCAUCAAAGUCCCGCGGGGGAAGGACGAGCCGGGGAAGGGCGGCUUCUGGAAGAUCGACCCGCAGUACGCCGAGCGCCUGCUGAGCGGCGCCUACAAGAAGCGCCGCAUGCCGCCGGUCCGCAUCAACCCGGCGCUGCAGAGCCGGCUCGGCCUUCAGCUGCCGCCGCCGUCUGCUGGCCCCCCCGCCGUCCCGGCUGAGUCCCAGCGCCUCCUGCGGGAGUUCGAGGACGCAACGGGCACGGACGGCGGCUGGGACCCUCACCUGGGCGAGGGCACCAUGCUGGGGUCCUGGCCCACCGUCAAGAGGAAGUCGGCCCGCAGAAACGGCGCCGGCAAGCCGCCCCCCCGCCGCUCUAGCUCGCCCCUGCUCCCCGCCGAGGAUGAGAAGCAGAGCGGCGUCCUGAAGGGAGACUUCGACUGGGACGCCCUGCUGGACUCGGCGCUGAGCGGCCAGCUGGCCUUGGACCCCCUCAUGAAGGAGGAGGACCCGGCCGGCCGCGACGACGCCCAGAAGCGCAAACGGCCGUCCGACCUGGACGAGGAGACCUUCCUCAGCGCCGCCUUCCUGGAGAGCGCCUGGCCCGAGGAGACGGAGCCAGAUCGUACGGACUUCCUGUGUCACUCGGCCGUCAACCUGGAGCAGCUCUUUGAUCUCGCCGACCCUUUGAGCGCCGACCCCCGCUCCGACCCCCUCCUAUGACUGACUAUCCUGUUCACCGG